CUCUUCCGGGUCAGGUGACCACGCGCGGUCACGUGACCCGGCCCGAGUGCGGGCGGUGGAAGGCGGAAGUGGGAGAGGAGUUGGGCGCCGCUUCUGUGGCCACGGCAGUUUCAUGGUGAUGACAUGGCAUCUGCCAGCUCCAGCCGGGCAGGAGUGGCCCUGCCUUUCGAGAAGUCUCAGCUUACUUUGAAAGUGGUGUCAGCAAAGCCCAAGGUGCAUAAUCGUCAGCCUCGAAUUAACUCCUACGUGGAGGUGGCGGUGGAUGGGCUCCCCAGUGAGACCAAGAAGACUGGGAAGCGCAUUGGGAGCUCUGAGCUUCUCUGGAAUGAGAUCAUCAUCUUGAAUGUCACGGCCCAGAGUCAUUUAGAUUUGAAGGUCUGGAGCUGCCACACCUUGAGAAAUGAGCUGCUAGGCACCGCCUCUGUCAACCUCUCCAACGUCCUGAAGAACAAUGGGGGCAAAAUGGAGAACACGCAGCUGACCCUGAACCUGCAGACGGAGAACAAAGGCAGUGUUGUCUCGGGCGGAGAGCUGACAAUUUUCCUGGACGGGCCAACUGUUGAUCUGGGAAGUGUGCCUAAUGGCAGUGCUGUGACAGACGGAUCACAGCCGCCUUCGAGGGAGUCCGGUGGGACAGCGGUAGCUCCGGAGAACCGGCACCAGCCCCCUAGCACCAACUGCUUUGGUGGGAGAUCCCGGACGCACAGACAUUCAGGUGGUUCAGCCAGAACAACCACAGCAACUGGUGAGCAAAGCCCCGGCACCAGGAACCGUCACCGCCAGCCCAGCAAGAACUCAAGCCACAGUGGCUUGGCCAAUGGCACAGUGAAUGAUGAACCCACAGCAGCCACCGAUGCUGAAGAAACUUCUGUUGUUGGCGUGACAUCCCCAUCUGCCACAGCCUUGAGUGUGACCCCGAACCCCAACACGACAUCUCUCCCUGCUCCGGCCACACCGGCUGAAGGAGAGGAACCCAGCACUUCGGGCACACAGCAGCUCCCAGCGGCUGCCCAAGCCCCCGACGCUCUGCCUGCUGGAUGGGAACAGCGAGAGCUGCCCAACGGACGUGUGUAUUAUGUUGACCACAAUACCAAGACCACCACCUGGGAGCGACCUCUUCCUCCAGGCUGGGAAAAACGCACAGAUCCCCGAGGCAGGUUUUACUAUGUGGAUCACAACACCCGGACCACCACCUGGCAGCGCCCGACAGCUGAGUACGUGCGCAACUACGAGCAGUGGCAGUCGCAGCGGAAUCAGCUCCAGGGGGCCAUGCAGCACUUCAGCCAAAGAUUCCUCUACCAGUCUUCGAGUGCUUCGACUGACCAUGAUCCCCUGGGACCCCUCCCCCCUGGCUGGGAGAAGAGACAGGACAACGGACGGGUGUAUUACGUGAACCAUAACACUCGCACUACCCAGUGGGAGGACCCUCGGACCCAAGGGAUGAUCCAGGAACCAGCUCUGCCCCCAGGGUGGGAGAUGAAAUACACCAGUGAGGGGGUGCGGUACUUCGUGGACCACAACACCCGCACCACCACCUUUAAGGAUCCUCGCCCAGGGUUUGAGUCGGGGACGAAGCAAGGUUCCCCUGGUGCCUAUGAUCGAAGUUUUCGAUGGAAGUAUCACCAGUUCCGUUUCCUCUGCCAUUCAAAUGCCCUGCCCAGCCACGUGAAGAUCAACGUUUCCAGGCAGACACUUUUUGAGGAUUCUUUCCAACAGAUCAUGAACAUGAAACCCUACGACCUGCGCCGCCGGCUCUACAUCAUCAUGCGUGGCGAGGAGGGCCUGGACUACGGAGGCAUUGCCAGAGAGUGGUUUUUCCUCCUGUCCCACGAGGUGCUCAACCCCAUGUACUGUUUAUUUGAAUACGCCGGCAAGAACAACUACUGCCUGCAGAUCAACCCCGCCUCUUCCAUCAACCCCGACCACCUCACCUACUUCCGCUUCAUCGGCAGAUUCAUCGCCAUGGCUCUGUACCACGGAAAGUUCAUUGACACGGGCUUCACCCUCCCUUUCUACAAGCGGAUGCUCAACAAGAGACCAACCCUGAAGGACCUGGAAUCCAUCGACCCCGAAUUCUACAACUCCAUCGUCUGGAUCAAGGAGAACAACCUAGAGGAAUGUGGCCUGGAGCUGUACUUCAUCCAGGACAUGGAGAUCCUAGGCAAGGUCACAACCCAUGAGCUGAAGGAAGGUGGCGAGAGCAUCCGUGUCACCGAGGAGAACAAGGAAGAGUACAUCAUGCUGCUGACCGACUGGCGUUUCACCCGAGGCGUGGAAGAGCAGACCAAAGCCUUUCUGGAUGGCUUCAACGAGGUGGCCCCGCUAGAGUGGCUGCGCUACUUUGACGAGAAGGAGCUGGAGCUGAUGCUGUGCGGCAUGCAGGAGAUAGACAUGAGCGACUGGCAGAAGAACACCAUCUACCGGCACUACACCAAGAACAGCAAGCAGAUCCAGUGGUUCUGGCAGGUGGUGAAGGAGAUGGACAACGAGAAAAGGAUCCGGCUGCUGCAGUUUGUGACCGGAACCUGCCGCCUGCCCGUCGGGGGCUUUGCCGAACUCAUCGGUAGCAACGGACCACAGAAGUUUUGCAUUGACAAGGUUGGCAAGGAGACCUGGCUGCCCAGAAGCCACACCUGUUUCAACCGUCUGGAUCUCCCGCCCUACAAGAGCUACGAACAGCUGAAAGAGAAGCUGCUGUAUGCCAUUGAGGAGACCGAGGGCUUUGGACAGGAGUAACGAGGCCACCGCCCCAUGCCCCCCAGCGCACAUGUAGUCCCGAGUCCUCCCUGCCUGAGAGGCCAUGGCCGUGCAGCCCUCGGAAGGUCCCCGAGGACAGUGGCCCUGCAUGGGACCACCCUGUCAUCACGCUGGUGGCAGAAGAGCCUGACCCCAGGAGGCCCUGCAGCCCCCCCACCUGCGGGUGGCAGUCUGGAAUAAAGCCCCCAGUCACCUUUGGCCCCACCACCCAUUGUGAAGUCUGGAGGGCUGACCCUUUCUGCAAAACUCUGCCCCCUCCCCGGGCCCAAGCCUGGGUGUGCGUGAGUGUGCCAGGGAAGGUGUUGCCUCCCCAGGGGCUGCGGCCGGAGCCCUGGGCCGGGUGGGCUGGUUAGGCAGGAAGGAGAUCGGCCGCUCGGGGUAGCUGUUCUGGAUUGGGAAAGCCAAGGGUCUCUGCCAGUAAAAGAGGUUCUGUCUCAAAUAGAACUUUCCCGAUGAUCCAUAUAAAACGAAGGUGUGCAGGCAGUCUGUGGAUCAAGGCCGAUUUUACUUCCCUCCCUGGCGGGCUCCAGCCCGGAGGGCAGGGCAGCAGGACUCAGUGGCGGCCAGUUCGUUCUUUCUCAGCAAACAAAGCGUCGUCCGGGCUGCCUGGGUGCCAGUGGGAUGGAAACAGCAAACUCCCUCAGACUUCCUUUGUCUGUUCAUAAACUUGAAGCGUUUGUGUGUAGGGUUGCUUUUAGUUUCCUGGUGUGCUGCUUUCACUUUCUGUCAAGGAGCUGGUGGCCGCAGGUGGACGAACACAGCCCCGUGGGUCUAAGGGUUUCCCAAACAGCCACUCCUCUCAGGAACCCGCUUAGCAGUUCCGUGAGCUCAGGCAGGCCUGACCUGGCAGUUCGUCCUCAUGGUGGCCUAGUUCCUGAGCUCGGCAGAGAGGAAGGGGUUGGUGUCCUGAGCGAUGCUCCCAACCUUGCCGCCUUCAACAGAGAAGCCCCUUUGCUUGAUACAGUCACCCAGGCAGCCCUUGCCGUGGGCGCGUGGGUCUGUGUCCCCCCGCCAGCCCCUGGAGCUCCCAGUGGGCCCGUGGGCCCCGGUUCAGGAUGUGGCGCGGCCUGGCCGGCUGGACGUGCUCAUCCUGCAUAGAUACCAGGCUUUAUCUGCGCACAGGGAAGGAAAACCAGCAGAAGGGCCCUGGGCUGCUGCAGAGCCUGACUUGAUUUUGGGAGUUCCCAGCAGCCUCCGCUGUGGGAAUUCGGCGAUUCCUGGAAAUCUCCAAGGUGAACGUGCUCCCGUGGGGUGCUGGAGCAUUGGUCGUUGCAGGCUCCCCAGUCCAGGCGCCCGGGGUUCUAGUGCCGAGCACCAGCCGCAGACCAGCUUCCUAGAACCCCAGACAGGCCCUCAGGCUGGUCGUGGGAGCCCUCCGAGGGUAGCCUCACGUCCCCAGACUUGUCCUUCUGAGGCCCGUGGAGGCAUAGCCCGUGUCCGCCUGUUGCGUGUGCUGGUCCGAGUGGCCCAGCUUGCUGCAGCUCAGCCUGUUCUGUCCCUCUCAGUCAUUUGCUGCUCCCCCUGCGGCACGUCCCCACACAGGCCGCUCUGUCGGGUGGGCUGGGGCGUAAGCUGUGCUGCGAGGUUUGGAAGUGUCAGACUUGCGGGUGUUCAUGUGUGUUCAUGUGUGUGCGUACAUACGUGUAAAUAACUGAAAUGUCUAUACGGAAUGCCCUUCGGUAGCACUGGGUUGGUCAGCAGAUUGUUUUGUGACGCCCGCCCCCUGCCUCGAUAUUGCCAGUUUCUUGUGCAAUAAACAAUCAGCAGCUAUG